CCGAAAUCCCAUUAGAUCAACCAAAAGCAACCUCUUUCUUGCCGUUGCCUUGAGUUUGAAAUGGUUGCUCUGCGUUUCGAUGGUUUGCCGGGUUCCAUUGCGUUGCUGUUAGACAAGAUCCACUCUGUUCUACCAUUAGCUGCCAUCAUAGAAGAUACAACAUUUGCUUCACUUUUGAAACGCUUGAAAUCGUCACUGGCGAGUAUUAGCGAUGUGAUUCACGACGCAGUGGGGCCACGGCGCAACAGUCACGGCAUGUAUGAUUGGCUUCACCAACUGCUAUAUACUGUCUUCAACGCAGAGGAUUUUGUGGAUGAUAUUUUAUUUGAAGUCGCAAGACUCAAAGUGGAAGCUAAAGCUCGGAACCUCGAAUCCCUGGAACUAAGGGACGUCCGUGCUUCUAUCAAGAAUUUAGUUUUAUCACAAGAUAGGAGGCCAAGAUGGAAUAUCAGAAACCUUGUGGAAACUACUGAUGCCAUUGCUAAAGCAAUGAAUGAAUACUGCAUCAGGAAACGAGAAGCGAAUGAUGAAUUGCAAUUAUCGGACAGCUUGCCUGCUAUUUCUUUGCUAGAUGAAGCCGCAAUCUAUGGCAGAGAAGAAGACAGGAUUAACAUCCUCCGCUUUUUACUUCAAGGGGCUGAAAAUCUUGAUGGGAUUGCCUUAGUUGACGAGGGUGGGUUGGGUAAGACCACCCUUGCGCAGCUCGUAUACAACGAUGAAAAAGUGAGUGCGCAUUUCAAACUAAAAGCAUGGGUAGCUGUUCCCAUGGCCUUUGACCUUUAUAAAAUCACCAGGACAAUUCUUGAGGCCACCACUUUGUGCAGUAUUGAGGAUCUCAUGUCACUUGAGCUCCUAGAUAAAUUAAGUGCAAGCUUAGAUGGGAAAAGAUUUCUACUUGUGUUAGACGAUGUUCAGUAUUUGAAUAAUAAUGUAUGGUACGCCCUACGAACUUCUCUCAAUUCUGGUGCAAGGGGAAGCAAGAUCAUUGUUACUACACCCAAGGAAGAAGUGGCAUUUGUUAUGGGCUGUUCCACUCUUUAUCAUCUAAAUCCAUUGACAGAGGAUUUUUGCUGGUCCCUGUUGGCAAAGUCCGCAUAUGCGGGGAGGGAUAGAAGUGAGGUUAUAACGCUAGAGGAUAUUGGCAGGAAAAUUAUGGAGAGCUGCCGCGGAAUACCUUUGUGUGUAAAUGUAAUUGGAGGGCUCUUGCGUUUCAAAAAGACCCGUGAAGAGUGGUGCCAUGUCCUGGAGGACCUGCAAAAAGCUAAUAACCAUGAUUCAAUCUCAUCAAUUCUCCUGUUGAGCUAUUAUCACCUUCCUGCACUGCUAAAGCGCUGCUUUGCUUAUUGCUCGUUGUUUCCCAGAGAUCAUGAGUUUGACAAGGAAGAACUGGUUCUCUUGUGGAUGGCGGAAGGCUUUCUACAAAAGUCUAGUGGCCCAUCAAUGGAAAUGGUAGGUGCUGAAUGCGUUGACGGUUUACUGAAGAGGUCAUUCUUUAUACCAGUCGACAACUCACAUUUUAAAAUUCAUCAUUAUAUGCAUGAUUUAGCUAAGGCUGUAUCUCGAGGAGUUUGUCUCAGAUGGGAAUCUUGUACAAUAAUCCGAUCUGCAAUACCUAAGAGGAUUCGCCAUCUAUCAUUGCUAAGCCAAUAUCAAUUACGUGUCAUUCUUGAAAUGAAGAGCUUAAGGACCUUCUAUUUGAUUGAUUGUCGAUCUUGUCAAUUAAGUCCCAAAGCACUGGAGGCCAUUUUUCCAGGACCACAAAGAUUACGAGUCCUAUCCUUACCUCAUUUUCAACAUGCUGAAUUGCCCCCUUCAAUAGGAAAAUUGAAAUAUCUACAUUACCUAGAUGUCUCUCACAGUGCAGUAACAAGUUUGCCUGAAUACUUGUGUACUCUCUACUUUCUACAAACAUUGAUAUUGACAAACUGCUAUUCUCUUCUCAUGCUACCCCAAGGCAUAGUCGAGCUGGUUAACUUGCGAAAGCUCAGCAUUAAGGGAGCUGGCUUGAAGCAGAUGCCAGAAAAAAUGAGCAGAUUAACAAGCCUUCAGAGUUUGACUAAUUUUAUUGUGGGCCAUGGUGGGUCAAGCAUUAAAGAACUGGGGGCACUUCCAAAUCUCCAUGGAUCGCUGUCUGUUUCAGGGUUGCAGAAUGUAUCUUCUCCUUCUGAUGCAUCGGCAGCCAAUUUGAAAGCUAUGCGAUAUCUUGAUGAACUAGAGUUGGAAUGGAGCUGUAACAAUGAAGAUCCAGCAACAGAUCAGAAAAAGGCGCUAGAGAAGCUAAAGCCUUCUGUGGAGUUGCAAAAGCUUUCAAUUCGAUUUUAUGGUGGUAAAGAGUUUCCAAAGUGGUUGGGAGAUUCUUCGUUCUCGAAGAUAAUUUCUUUACAUCUCAGCGACUGUAUUAACUGCAAGUCGUUGCCUCCACUUGGGCGGCUGUCAUCGCUUGAACAUCUCAUUAUUGAGAGGAUUGGAAGAAUAAAGAGCAUUGGCCAUGAAUUCUAUGGGGUAGAUGUAGCUGGUUGUAAACCUUUUCAGUCUCUUAAGACUUUAAAAUUUGUGGAAAUGUCACAAUGGGAAGAAUGGAUACUACUUGAAGUGGAUGGCCAAGAAUUUCCCUGCCUGGAAGAGUUUUGUGUUAUAAACUGUCCACUAUUGAAAAGGGAUUUACCAAAGAGCCUUCCAACUUUGGUAAAACUGGAGAUUUGUAAUUGUGAACAGCUCGAGGCUUCACUUCCACAGACUUCAGAAUGUUGUGUACCGAAGUUAGACAACUGUGACAAGGUGAAGAAGAUAAGUAAUGAUAAUCAGACAGCACCUUCAUCAAGUGAAGAUCGAAAUCAGCAGUUUUCUUCCUCCUCGAGUAGCAAUAAAAAACUGAGGGAACCUCUAGAUCUUCGUGGAUCAUUGCCUAAGUCAAAAUUUCAGGAUGUAUCUUCUGCUUCUGAUGCAUCAGAAGCGAAUUUGAAAGCUAUGCCAUAUCUUGACGAACUAGAGUCGGAGAAGACUACUCAAGAUAAGACACUGUCAAAAAUUGAUGGUGAAAUUGCAUCAGAGUUCUCUUCAAGGAUGACUAAGGUUCCAGGCAAUGAACUACAGUUGGAAUGGAGUAGAAAUGACGAAAAUCUAGCAAAGGAGAGGGCAGUGCGGUGGUCGGAAGUUUCUGCACUUUCCACAAUAAGAUUUCUAUGUAUCAGUGACUACAAUAAUUGCUCGUCAUUGCCACCAUUUGGGCAGCUGCCAUUUCUUGAAAAUUUCAUAAUUCAAAGGAUUGGAGGAGUAAGAAGCAUUGGCCCUGAAUUUUAUAGGAUAGAUUUAACUUUUCGGAAACCUUUUCAGUCUCUUAAGACUUUAAAAUUUGGGGAAAUGUCACAAUGGGAAGAAUGGACACUACUUGAAGUAGAUGGCGAAGAAUUUCCCUGCCUAGAAGAGUUUUACCUUAUAAACUGUCCACUAUUGAAAGGGGAUUUACCAAAGAGCCUUCCAACUUUGGUAAAACUGGAGAUCUGUGAAUGUGAACAGCUUGAGGCUUCACUUCCACAGACUUCCGAGCGUUGUAUACUGAAGUUAGACAACUGUUACAAGGUGCAGAAGAAAACUCAACAUAAGACACUAUCGAAAAGUGAUGGAGAAAUUGCAUCACAGUUCUCUUCAAGUAUGACUGAGAUUCCAGACGAUGAACUACAGUUGGAAGAGAGUAGAAACAACAAAAAUCCAGCAAAGGAGAAAGCAGUGCAGGAGUAUCCAGAGCCGUCUAGAAAGUUGGAAGAGCCUUCAAAAAGUGAUGGUGAAAUUACACCAGAGUUCUCGCCAAGUCUGAUUCAUCAAGAGCAAGAUCAUAAUCAGCCAACACCUUCACCAAGUGAAGAUGGAAAUCAGCAGUUAAUGGAACUGCCAACUGACUUGCACAGCCUCAGAAUUGAGGGAUAUGCUUCGGAUAAGCUACCUAAAGAAAUAUUGGGGAGAUCUUCGCUUCAGCAUUUAUAUAUCAUUGAUUGUAUUUCCCUCCAGUCCUUUCCCCAGUCCCCUUCACUAAAAACACUCUAUGUCCAUAACUGCCAAAAGUUAAAAUUUCCGCAACCAAACAAAGUGAUGAACCAAGAUGUAGGGCUAGAAGAUUUAUGUUUAGGGAGUAGCUGUGAUUCUCUCAAAAUUUUUCCGUUGAAUUACUUCCCAAAACUUAAAUCUCUUAGUCUGUGGGACUGCAGAAAUCUGGAGCAUCUCUCAAUUGAGAAGGGAUUGCAGAAUGAACUUACUUCACUUGAUUCCUUGGAAAUCAAAGAUUGUCCUAAAUUGAGGUCCUUUCUUGAAGAGGAAUUUCAAGCUCCAAACCUGACAUCACUGGUUUUCUUCAAUUGCGGGAGUCUCAAGUCACUGCCAGGGAUGCAAAGCAUCAAAUCUCUUCAGUCACUGUAUAUAAACAAAUGUCCAGCACUGGAGUCAUUUCCCGUGGAAGGCUUGCCAUCCAGCCUAAUCAUACUUUCCAUCUCUUUUUGUGACAAAAUCACCCCCCAAAAAGGGUGGAAGUUAGAAAAUCUUCAUUCUCUAAGUCAUUUUGAGAUUGAAGGUGGAUGCCAUGAGUUGGAGUCAUUUCCAGAGGAGGGGUUGCUGCCAACAAAUCUUAACUCUCUACGCAUCAGCAGGCUUGCGGAUCUUAAGUUCCUGGACAGAGAGGGGCUUCAAAAACUCACCUCUCUUCAAACACUUGAAAUAAAUUGCUGUGACAAGCUUGAUUCCUUGCCAGAACACGGGCUGCCUUCCUCCUUGUAUUCUCUAAGUAUCACAGACUGUUCUCUGCUGAAUCCGAAGCUUCAAAAUAGGAAAGGAAGGGAGUGGUUUAAGAUAGCUCGUGUUCCAUCCAUCCAUCUUGAUGAGGUCAGUGAUUAAUACAAUUGCUUGUCGAUAUCAAACCGGGCACACUUCUACAGUUGACACAGGUUAGGGAGUGCCAUCUCCUUGUGCUCUCUGUCACUAGCUCCUUUAAGUCAAGGUGCCUGGAGGCUUUUAAAGAUUGUUAACAAAAUGUAUCAACAUGUGCAGAGUUGGGAGCAGAAUUGGAAAGCAGAUUGUUUGUGGUUUGGUGCUAGACUUGCUUAGUAUCAAUGCUGUGUUUCUCUGCUUACCCAUCUGUUACUUUUGCUUUUGGGGAUUUAAGGGCUUUAAAUUUUCCCCUUUGUAUUUGUCUUUUGCAGCUGUGUUCCUUUGUACAGUGACUAGCUACUGCUGGUAUCAAGUAUGAAAAUUUGUAUCUUUGAGUGACAUCUGAAAUAAAUCACUCUUACGGUGUAUAAAUACAUAGAAUAUAUA